GCAGCGGCAGCAGCGUCUUCUGGACUCGGGACGCGGAGUGAGCGGCGGUCCCCAUCCUGCUACCCACAGCACGGGCACGGGCAGGGGGGACUACCACAACUUCAACCUGACUCGUUUUGUAAACUUGAAGAACGACACAUACCCCCCGCGGCGUUGACACACGUGUUCUUCUCCUUCUUUUUUUUCUUUUUGUUUUAAAUGAGUGAGCUACUUUAGAUAGGCAAUGGCUUCAUCCGUGAGCGGCGGAGAGGAGGUCCGGGUGUCGGCGUUGACGCCCCUGAAGUUGGUGGGACUGGUGUGCGUCUUUCUAGCACUGUGCCUGGAUGUCGGCGCCAUGGUGAGCCCGGCGUGGGUCACGGCAGAUGACCAGUACUACCUGUCCCUGUGGGUGUCCUGCUGGAAGCCCGUUAGCUCCGUGGAGUGGUCCUGCAACAGCACUCUGGCCACGGACUGGCAGAUCGCCACGUUGGCCCUGCUGUUAGGGGGGGCAGCACUCACCCUGCUCUCCUUCCUCGUGGCGCUCGUGUCCCUGUGCUUCAGCUCCAGGAGUCGCUGCUACAAGCCCGUGGCUGUCAUGCUGUUCUCUGCAGUGGUGCUUCAGGUUUGCAGCUUGGUCCUGUUCCCCAUUAAGUUCAUUGAGACAGUCAGCCUGAGGGUGUACCAUGAGUUUAACUGGGGCUACGGCCUGGCCUGGGGAUCCACCAUUUUCUCUUUCGGAGGGGCCAUCCUCUACUGCCUCAACCCGAAGAACUAUGAAGACUACUACUAAAAUAUGUGAGACAAGAGGAGAAACCAGGACUCUCUGUUUGACCAAUGUCCUCUCAGUAAUAGGAACUUUCUGUCUGUUACACAGUGCACAACCACAGACUAGAAAAAUAGGAAAAACAAAUGCUUACUGUUAGUUUCAGAGCUGGAAAUGAGCUCUUCCAUUUGAUACUGUGAACUUAUUGUCUCAAAGACUAUCCUCGCUUAUUGGACUGAAGCCGCGUGCUCUCUUAGGGGUUUUGGCAGAAAACCCGGCUGUGAAAAAGAAAUCUAAAACCAGUCCAUUUAAUUUGGGAGAGAAUGUCAUCAUUCAGAUAAAUCUGCGUCCCCUUUAAGUGGAACUCCAGUAGGUCUUAGAUUUGGGCUGAAAAUCUGGAGGGAACAGAUGGAUUCACUGACCCCAUACCAGGACGAAUUGGUGGACUAAUUAACCAAUCAGAGGAGAGGAGGCAAAGGAAUGAUGUAAACUCAGGCCAAUCAGGGAAUUAACAGCUCCAGGCAGGAAAAUGUCUUAUUGAAGUCAUAUCCCGAGAAUGACUAAGUGAGGGAGACAGGGCACACCUAAGGAAAUGCAACAUGCUACAUUUCCCCAGAGAUACACAACAUUUGGAACUUGGCCAUCUUCUUCCUCCAGUAGAGUAUAAUAGAUGGGUGAAAGCACGGUGAAAGUUCCAAUGGACUGGCUUUAUUUUCUCUUGCCUUAUUUAAAAGGGUCAGCUACCUAAAGACAGUAAAAACAUUCCACAGGCACCUUCCAAAUCAUAUCAUACUGGUGAGAGGAGCAUUUACUGGUGAAUGAACAGCAGAGUCUGUCACAUGUAAAUAGCAGUAAAAGCUUUGGCCAACAAUGUAAGCCUGCAGCAUAACCCGUUAUACCGGCUUUUUGAUAAAGUUGUUGUAUUAUAUGUAAGUAUGUGCAGUAAGUAUAAUGAAGUACUAUUCAUUCCAAGCAGACCAGUGGGAAGGAAGAUGGCAAAUGACCAUGUCUGCUGAGUGUGUGUGCAUGUCUGCAUGAUCACAUCACACGGCAUGUGCUCACACACCUCCCCAUGUGAUGCCUCCUUAUCUUCCCAGUCUGUAGGAAGGGGAAUGCUCUCAGUAGGGUAGGCACUGUAAAAAAAAAAUACAACAGUUUUCUGACAGGGAGAAGCUGUAGAAGAAAAUCACAAGUUAAUGAAAAAGUCAAUAUAUUUAGUUUUGCAUCUAAAUUAAGGUCCCUGAUACAGUACUUUAGGAAAUGCCAGAGUGCAAUGUGCUGUGGGUAAGUAGUGUUAUGAGGAUUUCUGGAUCAAUUAAGGUGAAACUGGAAAGUUUCAAACCUGAAGGAGGACAGUGUGGUCAUGGGAGGUGAGACUUGGGGGGGGCAGAAGAAAUGCUCUGGUAAUGCCUUUCUUCUCAAACCUCAUUCAAGGUGGUCAGAAACUUCUCCAAUUCCCUCUUGCAACAUUAGUGAAAGUGAGUGUGUGUGCAUGCCACUACAAUCUGCUGCUGUAUUUCCACUGGUUUGAUUACUAACAUAAUAAACAUGUACUGUGCAAAAAAAGUGUGUUUGGUUCA